AUGGCGACAAGUACCUCCGCUUCGCGACUACAAAGUCCGGGCGACCGCAAUCUCAAAAAUGUCGUGCUAGGAGACAUCCUUUUCAAGCCAUGGUACCAGUCCAUCUACCCCGAAGACUUGGUCGCGAAAGACGCCGAUCGUCUCUAUGUUUGUCGCUGGUGCUUUCGAUAUUCCUGCGACAACGAGAUUUUCGCGGCACACACUCAAGUUUGUGAGCACCGUAUUACACCACCUGGCACGAAAGUGUACGACCACGGCGGAUAUGCAGUUUGGGAGGUAGAUGGGGAGGAACAUAAGCUCUUCGGGCAGAACCUGUCCCUAUUCGCAAAACUAUUCCUCGACCACAAGACUGUAUUUUUUGAUGUCGCGACGUUCCUCUACUAUAUCCUGACAUUUACCGAUCCGGUAAAUGCAGAGAACUACCAUGUACUCGGUUUCUACUCCCAAGAAAAGCUCUCCUGGGACGCAAACAACCUCGCCUGCAUCUGCGUCUUUCCACCUUACCAACACAGGCAGCUUGGGAAGCUUUUGAUGGGUGUGAGCUAUAAACUUAGUGGCUGGGAUUCGCCCGGUGGAUAUAUCGGUGGUCCGGAGAAACCACUGAGUGAUUUGGGCCAAAAGAGCUACAAUCGGUUUUGGGCCGAGCGAAUCGCAAGAUAUUUACUACGCGGCAAGCACGGAGAAGAUGCUUCCCAGAUCACCCCCAACAAAUCAAACUCUCCUUCGAAACGCAAGAAACUACAGCGUGAAAUCAUGACCGUGGAAGAGAUUGGUCUUGCCACUGGCAUGUUGACAGAAGAUGUUAUUACUGCUGUCAAGAGUAUGGGUGUUGCUCAACCGGAGAAGAAGCGCAAACUGAGCCGGCUUAUGGGAGACAAUGAAGCUGAACAGGGCCCCAAGAUGAUGAUCCGUAAGUCAGAUGUUUGGAAUUGGGCCAAGACACACCAUCUUUCACUGGACGAUCCCGUGAGGGAAGAAGGCUUCAUUAGGAGAUUCCAGUCUAGGAAUAUAUCAGGGGGUGACGAGAGCAGUCUGGAAGAGGACUGA